AUGUUCCGAGUGUUCGGAACAAGAGUGUUCAGCCAACUUGGUACGCGUCCAAACUCUGAACGAGUCGGUCGCGUUGCGGUUUUCGUUUCUCACUUAGUAGUCCAUCGUGCAGCGUUGAUUACGUUGUUUUCGAGGGAUCAAUGCGUCAUGACAAAUAAGCAGUACUUUGGUGACCAGAAGUAUUUGAAGAUCAAAAAGAUGUGCACAAAGAAAGGGCAACUCUUUGUCGAUACCUUAUUCCCUCCUACCAACGCUAGUCUGUUCUUGGAGCAAGGACGUAACUCAGAUAUUGUGUGGAAGAGACCAGUGGAACUUCAUGAUGAUCCACAUCUGUUUGUUGAAGGAGCUUCACCAAAUGACGUCACUCAAGGUGUACUCGGUAACUGCUGGUUCGUCUCUGCAUGUUCCGCUCUGACUCACAAUCAGCAUCUAUUGAACAGGGUAAUUCCCGAUGCGGAGUCGCAAGAAUGGGAUCCGAAGAACGACUAUGCGGGUAUAUUUCGGUUCCGAUUCUGGAGAUUUGGAGGAUGGCUCGAGAUAGUUAUUGACGAUCUUCUGCCUACGAGGGAUGGCAAAUUGCUUUUCGCCAGGUCAAAAACCCCAAAUGAGUUUUGGUCCGCUCUUCUCGAAAAAGCAUUUGCGAAGUUGUACGGAUGCUACGAGAAUCUCGUAGGAGGUCAUCUUUCCGAUGCACUGCAGGAUGUCUCUGGAGGAGUUGCAGAAACAGUUAAUGUAGCUAAGUUUCUCAAAGGCGGAAGUCCUGACUCUCCGAAUAUCCUUUUCAACAACUUAAAACAGGCCUUCGACAAUGACGCUCUGAUAGUCGCUGCUAUUGCGGCGAAUACCAAAGAUGAGAUCGAGCAGACCUUAGGCUGUGGUUUAGUCAAAGGUCAUGCGUAUGCUGUAACUGCAGUCAAAUAUGUGGAGUUAGAUGCAGAGUCAAAUACAUUCAGUUCUGUUUUUGGUCGCCAUGAUCGUAUUAGAAUGAUUCGCCUCCAAAAUCCAUGGGGUGAAAAGGAAUGGAAUGGACCCUGGAGCGACGACAGCGAGGAGUGGGAACAAGUGGCAGAGUCCCAAAAACACUCCCUUGGUAUCACUGUAGAUGAGGACGGUGAAUUUUGGAUGCCAUGGUAUUCUUUCGUGCAGUACUUUACCGAUAUUUCCGUGUGUCAGUUAUUUAAUACCAAGGUCUUUUCAUCGUCUCGAAGAUAUUAUGAGGAGAUAUUUUAUGGUGAAUGGACAACUAAUGGUGUUAAAAGUGGGGCACCCAAUGACUUUGCGGGCGGCUGUCUCAAUUUCUCAGCUACGUUUUGUAAUAAUCCACAGUUUCUCUUAAGCGUAUUUCAACGUGGUGAAAUCAUGUUUUCUUUAACUCAAAGCGAGCCUAAUGAAGGAACAAAAAGAAGAGAUCCAUACGUAACCAUUGGUGUACAUGUAAUGAAGGUUGAAAACAAUCGUGUUCAUCGCAUACACCAGAAGGAUGAAAAGCUUGACGCUAGAGCGGUUUCGAACCAUUCAUCGUGCAAUCACAACCUAACCGCUUACCGACUGCGCGACUCCUAA